AUGAAUUCUAUCUUAAAUACAUUCAGUCCCUUAUCCAAGGAUCUCUACAAUGAAUACCGUGGACAAGUCAUGAUCGAAGCCUUGGCCACCUAAAAAGUGCUCGUUAUAGGAGCUGGAGGUCUAGGCUGUGAAAUUUUGAAGACUCUGGCCCUUAGUGGAAUCAAAGAGAUUCAUGUGAUUGAUUUGGAUACAAUUGAUCUAACAAAUUUGAAUAGAUAGUUUUUAUUUAGGAUGAAAGAUGUUGGCAAAUAUAAGGCUGAAGUGGCAGCUGAAUUCAUUAUGAAGAGGAUUCCCACUUGCAAAGUGAUACCCUAUACAAAAAAGAUCUAAGAGUUCCCAAUUAGUUUUUAUUCCGAAUUCCCAGUGAUUAUUGCUGGACUGGACAACGUCGAAGCCAGAAGAUGGAUCAAUAGGGUUGUCAUUCAAAUGGUGCAGAGAGAUGAAAAUGAUAAAGUCAUUGAUGAUACUCGUCACUAUUUAAUAGAUGGAGGAACUGAAGGCUUAAAUGGAUAGGCCAGAGUGAUCUCUCCUUUUGAAACAGCCUGUUACGAAUGCACUCUAAGUCAACUCCCCAAAUAAUUGCAAUAUUAAAUGUGUACAAUCGCCUCCACUCCAAGACUGCCAGAACAUUGCAUCGCCUAUGCUUAUGAAGUCUUAUGGUCCAAAGAAUAACCCAACGUCAAAUUGGAUAAAGACAAUUUUGAUCACAUGAAUUGGAUUUACCAAAAGGCACUCGAAAGAUCUAAGCAAUUCAACAUUGAAGGAGUCACAUAUAAACUGACUUUGGGCGUUGUCAAGAACAUCAUUCCUGCAGUUGCCUCGACAAAUGCUCUUAUUGCUUCGAUUUGCACUGUUGAAUGCUUUAAAAUCUUGACUGGAAAUGGAAGUCAAUUAAACAACUACAUCCAAUGGUAUGGUCAAAAUCAUUAGACCGGAGUGGGCAUCAAUGUCAUACAACAGGAAAGAUUAGAGGAAUGUACUGAAUGCUCUAUCUAAACUUUGGAGAUUCUAGUAAAACGGACUGAUAAGAUUUCUGUUCUAUUGACACAAUUACCACCAGACAUUGAACUCUGUAGCAAGGGAUAAACAUUGAUUACUAACAACAUCAGAAGGAAAUAGGGAUUUGAUCACAUUCUAGAAAAGACCUUCUAGGAAUUAAUCGAUGAACAACUCAUUGAUGUGUAAACUGCACUCAAGGCCUUUGAUAAAAAUAAAACAAUAAAUGUGAGAAUUAAUUAUGAAUGA